GAUAAUAAGUUAUCUACAUGUAUGGUUGAGGUAAUGUCUCUUGUGGAGUAGUGAUAGAUUUUCUAAGGUAAUUUCCAUCUGGCAGAAAUUUCAAAUCCAAAUUUUUAACUUAAAAAUUCACAGGCCACUCAUUUAAAGCUAUGAAUUUCCUUUAACAAAAAUUAGAAGUUGUAUUUGUGUUUCCUCUCAAAUUAUAAUCUUUACUUAAGAUCUGUACUAAAGAGUAUCCCAUUAGAUAAACUAAAAAAUGUUUACUGUAUUAAAUUUUUUGUUGCUUAUUUUGUUUUAACAAUGCUAGUGUGUCGAUUUAGUUUUGUAAAAUUCUAUGUUCGUAAGAAAUAUAUAAAUAAAUUAAUCCUUCUAAUUGUUCUAAGAGUUUAUUGUGUAUCGUGUCUAAAAUGUUAAAAUAUUGGUUUAAAAAUAAAAACCACAAAUUUAUAUUUUUUAAGAUUCUAACUAAAAUCAUGGCUAAUACAUAUGAUGGCAAAUGUUUCUGUGUGGUUACCAGUGCUAGUAAAGGAUUUGGUCGAUCAAUUACGCAACUGCUACUCCAGGAAUCGGGACUUCUACAUAAUGCAGAAUCAGGAUCGAAAAUACUUCUCAUGGCAAGAAACAAUUCUGGUCUUGAAAGUACCAAAGAAAUAUCACUGAAGACUGCAUUUAAACCUGAAAGAUUUCACUUUGAUCUCUGCACUAUUGAUUUUUCAACACCUGAAGCAGUGCAAGAUAUUGUUAAAAAGUAUCUAGAAACACUUGACACAGAGUUUAAACAUGUUUUUAUUUUUAGUAAUGCUGGUUUUCUUGGAGACGUAUCGAAAACAUUAGUUGAUCACGACAACAUUUCCGAUAUUCAAAUCGUUGUCAACAUUAAUGUUAUUUCUCCGUAUUACAUUGUAUCCAAUUUUUGUAAGCAUUUUAAGAGUUCUAGAUGUUUUGUGAUCAACACGUCAUCCCAUGCUGCCCUAAAACCAAUGCCAAGCAUAGGGUUGUACUGUUCGGUUAAGGCCUGCAUGGAUAUGUUUAUGCAGAACUUGACCAUGGAUUGUCCUUCAAUACGAACAUUAAAUUAUGCUCCAGGUCCAAUGGAUACUGAUAUGGCUGAAAAAUUAAUGAAUGAAGCUGGAAAUAAGGAUCUAAGUAAUAUCUUCAAAACUUUAUUUAGAGAAGGAACUAUUGUUAAGCCAAUAGAUUCUGCGACAAUGUUGAUGUUGUUAUUGAAAAAGAAUGAAUUUACCUCAGGUGUUCAUAUUGAAUAUAAUGACGAAAGAAAAUGUAAACUUUAGUUGAACUAACAAUUUCCUAAUUAUACCAGAAAAUUUUUUUUGUUAUAUUAAAAAUUUUUCAAUAUACAUUUUGCUACGACAAAAAGGCAUUAGGUUUUUUUUUGUUAAAAAUAAUUAUAGCUAUAAAUUUAAAUAAAACUUCAAUGUUUUAAAGUAACAGAUUUUUAUAUAACCUUCAUAACUCAUACAAUUUUAUACAUAGCUAUACCUUUUUAUCAGCAGGUUUUUAUCUAGUGUAUGUAAUUUUUUUUCAUAUUAUUUAUGAAAAUAUUUAAACUAUCUUUCAUAACUUUCGUAAAAUGAUAACAAUUUUUGAUCUUCAGUACCUUAAAGCCAGCUCAUUUAAGUUGUGAGUUGCUAUAGAUCAUUACCUUGUGAGUUCAGUCACUUGUACUUCUUUCUUAUACUUAUCUUGCUUGCUUGCUAUGUAUAUGUUGAAACACUUAUUA